GCCCGGAGAUGGGCAGACGCGUGGAUGGCGUGGCUCCCAGCGCCGCCGCCAGAUCGCAGGAGCCAGGCGCCGGGGCGCUGCGCUGAGGCUCCCGCUCGGCGCAGCCCAGGAAGCCUGCAGGUGUCCUUGGCCUCUCGGCCGCCGCGCGGGAGACUCCUUCGCCAGUGUCCAGAGCCCUGCUCCCGGGAGCUACCCCGCCCCCGAGGGUUGGCACCGAGCAGGACGCCCCGUCUGAGGCCCCCCCCCGCCCCGGCGCGGCCCCCGCAGCGCAGCGCCCAGCCCAGCGCAGCUCCCCGCCGCUGCCGAGCCGCGGACGCAGGACCCGAGGCUCGCUCUGGCGGGCGCGCUUGUUUUCCUUCUGCCGCCUCGCCCUGCGCAGCACCCGCCCGCCCGAACGCCGCUCUCCGCUCCGCCCCGCCUGCCAUCUGUGCCCUGCGCUGGAUUUAUGAAUGGGGGGAAGAGGCCACAUGCCGCCGCCGCCGCCUCGUGUUGACCGCGCGCAGCCCGGGCCCGCGGAGCUCCGGCUGCCGUGAGAGCGUCGGCCCGGCCCCGGCAGCCGCUCGGAGGACUUGUUGCUGCUGCGCUGCCGCCGCCACCGCCGCCGUGGGGAAGCCGGCCUCUCCCGGGGCUCGGCGCGGACUGGGAGCCGGAGGGUGGCCCGUGUGAGUGUGAGCGCGCGCGCGCCCUGGACCCUCCCAGUGCGCCGGGACUGUGCGCUUCCCCAUCUACUGGGGGAGGGGGAAGGGGGCGUGUCCCGGGGCCCGAGCGUUCCAGUGUCCAGUCCUAACCCCGGAGCGUGUGUGUGCUUGCCCCUGCCUCCCCGGACGCCUCGUUUGGGUCCUCGGCUCUCCUUCCCCCCUUCUGCCUCCCUCCCCAGCUCUGCCUGCCCCAACCCCAACCACCUGUGCACCCGAGAAAUCUAACUCCUCCCGCUCGGCGCCCCGGGGGGGAGGCAGGGGCAGGGCCAAGCCGCAGAGGGGGCCGCCGCCACCUCCUGCCUCCUCCUCGUCUCCUCCCCCUCCCCCGUCUGACGCUGCCUCCUCGGGAAGGGUGUUUGGAGGGCAGCGGCCGCCCCAAGCCGAAGCCCCGCAGCGCUUCUUAUGAUCAGCUCGGUGUGUGUCUCCUCCUACCGCGGGCGCAAGUCGGGGAACAAGCCUCCGUCCAAAACAUGUCUGAAGGAGGAGAUGGCCAAGGGCGAGGCGUCGGAGAAGAUCAUCAUCAACGUGGGCGGCACGCGACAUGAGACCUACCGCAGCACCCUGCGCACCCUACCGGGCACCCGCCUCGCCUGGCUGGCCGAUCCCGACGGCGGGGGCCGGCCUGAGUCCGAUGGCGGCGGCGCAGGCAGCAGCGGCAGCAGCGGCGGCGGGGGCUGCGAGUUCUUCUUCGACCGGCACCCGGGCGUCUUCGCUUACGUGCUCAACUACUACCGCACCGGCAAGCUGCACUGCCCCGCCGACGUGUGCGGGCCUCUCUUCGAGGAGGAGCUCACCUUCUGGGGCAUCGACGAGACCGACGUGGAGCCCUGCUGCUGGAUGACCUACCGGCAGCACCGCGACGCCGAAGAGGCGCUGGACAUCUUCGAGAGCCCGGACGGAGGCGGCGGGGCCGCGGGGCCCGGCGACGAGGCCGGCGACGAGGAGCGGGAGCUGGCCCUGCAGCGCCUAGGGCCCCACGAGGGAGGCGCGGGCCCCGGCGCCGGGUCCGGGGGCUGCCGCGGCUGGCAGCCCCGCAUGUGGGCGCUCUUCGAGGAUCCCUACUCCUCCCGGGCGGCCAGGGUGGUGGCCUUCACCUCUCUCUUCUUCAUCCUGGUCUCCAUCACCACCUUCUGCCUGGAGACCCACGAGGCCUUCAACAUCGACCGCAACGUGACGGAGAUCCACCGAGUGGGGAACACCACCAGCGUGCGCUUCCGACGGGAGGUGGAGACGGAGCCCAUCCUGACCUACAUCGAGGGCGUGUGCGUGCUGUGGUUCACGCUGGAGUUCCUGGUGCGCAUCGUGUGCUGCCCCGACACGCUGGACUUUGUCAAGAACCUGCUGAACAUCAUCGAUUUCGUGGCCAUCCUCCCCUUCUACCUGGAAGUGGGGCUGAGCGGCCUGUCCUCCAAGGCGGCCCGUGACGUGCUGGGCUUCCUGCGCGUCGUGCGCUUCGUGCGCAUCCUGCGCAUCUUCAAGCUCACGCGCCACUUUGUGGGGCUGCGCGUUCUGGGCCACACCCUGCGCGCCAGCACCAACGAGUUCCUGCUGCUCAUCAUCUUCCUGGCCCUGGGCGUGCUCAUCUUCGCCACCAUGAUCUACUACGCAGAGCGCAUAGGCGCCCGGCCCUCCGACCCGCGGGGCAACGACCACACCGACUUCAAGAACAUCCCCAUCGGCUUCUGGUGGGCCGUGGUCACCAUGACGACGCUGGGCUACGGGGACAUGUACCCCAAGACGUGGUCCGGCAUGCUGGUGGGAGCGCUGUGUGCGCUGGCUGGCGUGCUCACCAUUGCCAUGCCUGUGCCUGUCAUUGUCAACAACUUCGGCAUGUACUACUCCCUGGCCAUGGCCAAGCAGAAGCUGCCUAAGAAACGCAAGAAGCACGUGCCUCGGCCGCCCCAGCUGGAGUCGCCCGUUUACUGCAAGUCGCAGGAGACCUCGCCCAGGGACAGCACCUACAGUGAUGCCAGCCCCCCUGCGCCAGAAGAGGGUCUGGUUGAGAGGAAGCGGGCAGACUCCAAGCAGAACGGCGAUGCCAAUGCGGUGCUGUCAGAUGAGGAGGGAGCCGGCCUCACCCAGCCCCUGGCCUCCGCCCCCACCCCUGAGGAGCGCCGGGCCCUGCGACGCUCUGGCACCCGAGAUAGAAACAAGAAGGCAGCUGCCUGCUUCCUGCUCAGCGCUGGGGACUAUGCCUGCGCCGAUGGCAGUGUCCGGAAAGGCUGUGAAAAGUCCCGGAGUCUAAACAACAUAGCAGGAGCGGCUGGAACCAGUCUGGGGCUGUCUCCACUGGCAUCGCGAUACAGCUCACCCUACCCUCCAAGAAAGCUCCUGCUCUCCCACCCCUUCCACCCCCUCACCAGCCCACCCCCUGGACACCCAGCCCCAUAGCCUCUCCCUGGCUCUGCACCCACCCCUGGGUGCACACGCACAGACAGGCACACUUGCGUGCCUCCAGCCCUCACCCCCUGCCCCCCUCCCCGGGCCUGCGGGAGCCGGCAGGAUGCAGAACUCAGGCCCCCGAGCCUCUCAGCACCCAGCACCCAGCUCCCCCAAACACUCAUCUCUGGAGCCCGAGAGCAAGGGGGGGAUUACUUCCGGGGCUUCUCCCCCGCUGGCCCCCAUCCUGAGCAGAAGGUGCCGUCACCCCUGAGGACUGUGUCUCUGGGCCCUGCCUCACCAUCAGGGUCCCACCUUCGUCACAGCCAAUGUAUUUCCAUUCCUCGGGGCCCUUCCAUCAGGGGCCAAACAGCCUGCCACUGAACAUCUGUCUGUCUGUCUGUCCGUCCCACACCGAGAUCGGCCUGGAAUGAGGCCGUCCUCUGGGACGUCUCUGCUGGUGUGUGGGGGUUUGACUCUUCCGGGGAGCAGAGCCACCUGACGGUCUCCAGCCCUGGUGCAGGGCACAGGGCGGGGGGGUGUUCCUAGACUCGGAGCCCCACGAUUGUCUGCCUAGGCGCGGGGAUGCCCUCCUCUCAGAGCGGCCCCGGCAGCAGAGCCCAGCAGCCCAUCUGCACCCCGAGCCGCAGCAUCGCUCAUCACGCUGCUUCCUCUGCUUCCCGACAGUUCUUCCUCUCCCGCUCCCUCCAACUCGCAGCCCUGCCUCUGAGUCACCUGCCGCUCCCACCCAGCCUCUGCGCUCCUAUCACUGCCAGAACCGGAGACUCAUCUAAUUUCUAUAAUUAAGUGUAUUCAUUUACCUAACGAGUCCGGGAGCACAACAGGUUUGUGAGUCACUGAGUGAGCAGAAGUGCACCCUGGGCUGGGGCAGCUGAGGGGACGUGUAGGGACAGAAGCCAUCCUGCCCCCGCCCGCUCCUGCACGGGCGCCCCGCCACACCCGGGGUGGCCGAGCCACAGGGGGGCCCUCCCUGGCCCACCAGGACCUCCUCAGCCCAGGAACCCGAAUCACCUCCACCGAGACCUUCCCUGCUUCACCUGAUGGGAAUUAGACCUGACAGCGGAGCUGUGCGCCUGGCAAUUUUUAGAGGCAGAUUAUGCAACUUUGUGGAGGGAGUGACUAAGGCCCAUGUCUGCGCCUUCCACGGUGGGCAGAGAUAGGAAUGGCCAGACAGCAGGAGGCUGGGGACUCUGGAGGCCACCCCAAAAGGUGAACUGGGCAGAAAGGUCAGAUCAUGUCAUGGGCUUGAGGGGCAGCUGUGAAACGCCUGUUCCAAGAGCAUCGGCAUUUCAGUGUCUCCUUCAGCCUUGGGCAGACACAGGAGGGUCCUUUCCAGAGAAGUCUGUCCAAGGUGGGUACUGGGUUACCCCAGCCCUGCUGUGGUCUGGGGGGCCUGCCUCCUGCUCGCUCUCAGAAUGAAGUGUCCCUAAGGGCUGAGAAGAUACAAGGGUAUCCAUGUCACCACUCCUCAGAAGGGGACACAGGGACAAGGAAGCCCUAUGGAGCAGGACGGAGACCAGGGCACCUCCUGCCCCACCCCCAGCCCCAUUUGAGAGCCCAGCUU